CAUAAACAUCGAGUACUCGAUACUCAUCCCACUAUGUAGUGUGUUGAAUGUUGAUGCUUCCUCCUCAGACGACACGUAGACCUCCGGGCUUCGUCACUUUGUACCUUGUAGUUGUGUCCCCCGGCGGCUUGUUCGACGGGUGUAUAUGCGUGCGUAAGGAAAAGGCCAGGAGGAGGGAAGGGCUGGUCUUACUGACUGACACCAUUCGACUUCCCGGAGUUGUUUAAGGGCCGUCGAAUCGUGACAUCCCACGUUUGGGACGCAGCUCACCCUCCUCGUCUCUUGACGCGCUCUAGGCAUAACCAUGGACGUCAAAAGGAUCUGCUGCAUAGGUGCCGGCUACGUCGGCGGGCCCACUUGCAGCGUUAUCGCCCUGAAAUGCCCAAACAUUAUUGUAACUGUCGUCGACAAAAGCAAUGAAAGGAUAUCACAAUGGAAUUCUGACAAACUUCCUAUUUAUGAGCCUGGCUUGGAUGAGGUUGUUAAAAAUUGCCGCGGCAAAAAUCUUUUCUUCAGCACUGAUAUCAACAAUGCCAUACAAGGAGCAGAUCUGAUAUUUAUAUGUGUGAACACUCCAACCAAAACUUUCGGCAAUGGAAAGGGCAGAGCGGCAGAUCUUAAGUAUGUGGAAUCGGCCGCUAGGAUGAUUGCGGAAAUUGCAACCAAUAACAAAAUUGUAGUAGAAAAGAGUACAGUACCUGUAAAAGCUGCAGAAAGCAUCAUGAAUAUUCUCCAAGCCAAUCACAAACCUGGUGUCAAAUAUCAGAUACUAUCAAAUCCAGAGUUUUUAUCUGAAGGCACGGCCAUUGAUAACUUGGUGAAUGCCGACAGAGUGCUGAUAGGAGGAGAAGAUUCUAUAGAGGGUGCUGCAGCUAUUGAAGCUCUGAGCCAGGUAUACCAACAUUGGAUUCCAAAAUCGAACAUAAUAACAACAAAUACCUGGUCUUCGGAACUCUCAAAACUGGCAGCGAAUGCAUUCUUAGCACAAAGGAUAUCAAGCAUUAAUUCCCUGUCAGCUGUGUGCGAAGCGACGGGUGCUGAUGUUUCUGAAGUUGCUAAUGCUGUCGGCAGGGAUUCGAGGAUUGGGCCGAAAUUUCUUCAAGCUUCUGUUGGUUUUGGGGGAAGUUGUUUUCAAAAAGACAUUCUCAAUUUAGUUUACAUCUGUGAGUGCCUUAAUUUAUUAGAAGUUGCUGCUUAUUGGCAAAAGGUCAUAGAUAUUAAUGAGUACCAAAAGAAUCGGUUCACAACCAAAAUUAUCGAAUCACUUUUUAAUACCGUGACUGAUAAAACAAUUGCUAUGUUGGGUUUUGCUUUUAAAAAAGAUACCGGUGAUACUAGAGAAUCUCCUGCAAUAACUGUGGCGAAAACACUUUUGGACGAAGGUGCCAAACUUCGCAUUUAUGAUCCUAAAGUUGAAGAAGCUCAAAUAUAUGAAGAAUUGACUAGUCCUUGGAUCACAGAGGAGCCAGAGUUGAUAAGAAAAUCUAUCAAAAUAUAUUCAGAUCCCUACCAGGCGAUAGCAGCGACACAUGCGAUUGUAGUGUGCACUGAAUGGGAUGAAUUUAUAACUCUAGACUAUCAAAGAAUUUAUAACAGCAUGAUGAAACCUGCCUAUGUUUUCGACGGUCGAAUGAUUCUUGAUGACAAAGCUCUUACAAGAAUUGGUUUUCAAGUUCAUACAAUAGGAAAGAAGAACCAGAGGGCAAAUCUGAAGAGGUGUUGGGGUGCUCCGAAGCAUCUGUAACAAAACAUUUCAUGUACACUGGCAAUUACCUUCUAAACCUUUUUUUUAGCUCAUGGGGCUGGAUUGUGUAUAAUAAUAAUAAUAAUAAUAAUAUAAUAUAUGCAAUACAAACAAAAUAGUAUAUUUAAAAACAAAGUUGUUAUUGUAUUGAACUCGCUGAGGUUUAUGUACAAUGAACAAGAAAUUCUCAUUUCGUUGGUCAAACAAUAAUCAUUAACCAACAAGUUAAUAAUUAACCAUUAACAAGGUAAUGAAUGGUUUGAGAUUAAAGGUCAAAUUCAAAAUUAUCAAAUUAAAUUUAAAAUGUAUAAAUCUUAAAUUCAUCAAAAUGUCACAAAAGAAUAUAUCCUUCUUCAAGUGCACUCCUUUCACGAUUAACCCUUAUAUCCUGCCUCUAAUGUAUUUGCGAUGAUUGCCCCCUCUCUUCCACAAUAUAGGUUCUUAUCUUAAGAACGAUCAUCGAAAGCUGUUGACUUCAAUAUUGAACUUGGUAACGAAGCAUUUAAUAAAAGCUUUAACAUAAUGUAUAACAACAAUACAAUCUGAUCUUAUAGAAAUUAAUCUGAUUUGCUCAUGUAUAUGAUUCAAACCUUGUGCAAUAAAAAUAAAAAAUAACAAAAGCACGUCCAAUUAAGGAUCCACGUGCAUUGUUAAAAGUGUGUUAUGAUUAUUACAAAUAUAAAACGUUUGUUGUUUUGUAAAUAAUUCAGCAAAAAUCAAAAAUAAUUUUAUUAAUGUAUUCAAAUAUUGAACUAAUAUUUAAGAAUUGAAUAAAUAUAGAUAAAAGUCUGAAAUUAUAAAGUAUUUAUUAAUGUAUUAUUUAUAUGUACUUUUAUGCCAUUUUAUAUUUAUUAUGUUAUGUGUAUCUUGUGUUUUGUGCAAUUGUAUAUUGAUAUUAAGUAUUAAUAGAAAUGUUUUUUUAAAAAUAUAUUUGUUUUGUUAGUGUA